AUGAUAUUUUUGGAAAUAUUCAAUAGAGCUGUUGAAGAAAUUCUUCUAUAUCGAUUUGAGAAUGCAAAAAAUGGUUUAAAAUUUGAAAAAUUCAACCAAACAAUAGCUGAUUUUGAUGGUGCUAUUUAUCAUUUAAGAAGUGCUCCAAAUGAUCGAUCAAAAAUUAUCGUCAGUAUAACAUUAAACUUUUUUCAAGAAUUACAAGAGCAUGGAGCAAAUGAGGUAUUGCAAAGAGAAUAUGGCCAGUAUUUAUUAAAUAAACCUGAAGAUGGUUGCAGUGUCUCAUUAUUAUAUGAUCUUGAACAUUUACCAGAAAAUUAUACUUCCAUAGCACAAAAAGCUGCAUUAUUGAAAAGAAAUUGUUUUGCUGCUGUUUUUGAGAAAUUUUUUGAAUUUCAUGCUUCAAUGGGUGAAGAAGCUGUUGGUUGUAAAAAAGCUGUUAUACAUUAUCGACCAAAUGAAACACUUUACAUCAGUGCCCUUGCCGAUCGUGUGACUGUCAUAUUCAGCACUGUCUUCAAACAUGCCGAUGAUUUAAUUAUUGCCAAAGUAUUUUUACAGGAAUUAACUGAAGUUCGACGACGUUUUGAUCGAGCACCUCAAGUUCUAUAUUCUCAGUCAGUACCUCCUAGUGAAUUAAUUGGAACAGAUGCUGCUGUAGGUGAAAAUGUGGCUUAUAUUACAUUCGAUAAUUUUAAUGAAGAUGCAUCAUUUCUUGGUCAAUACUCAGGAAAUCGUACAAUAAAUAAAAAGCCUAUACAUCAUCAUUCAACAAUAAACAAUGCAUCACCUGAAUUAUCAUCUGUUGACAUUUUCACUAAUAAUAAUACACCUAUUAAUAAUAAUAAUAAUAAACUAAAUCAUUCUGAUUUGUUACAUCGUAAUCUGCCUACUGCUGUCACUACUACUCCUAUUACUGCUACUACUAAUAUCGCUGCAUCAAAGUCACCUGUUAAUUUUAUCACGCAUGAAAAUCAUCAAACUGCUGUGUAG